AUGAGCUUUGGCGUCGGUCUCGGAGACAUACUCAAGGUGUGCGAACUAGCGGGGAGGGUAUACAAGAACUGUCGUGACUGUCCUGGAGAGUACAAGACUUUGACAAGUGAAACACGCAGUCUCACUAAUCUGCUCGACGACAUACAAGACAAGUUCGACAAGAUACCGGAGAGUAAGCAGCAGCAGCUUAUCGAGGCGUAUACGCCAUGCAUCGAGGUCUUGGAAGAGCUCGACAAGAUUCUGUUGCACUACAAUGGGCUCGACACAAAGAGCAAGCGUGCGUGGGACCGUCUUAAAUUCGAUCCAAGCACUUUGCGAAACUUGCGCGAGCGGCUUGUUGCGAGCGUGGCGAUGCUCAACACCUUCUACACCUCCCUGAUACACGAUGUCCAGGUCCUGAUACUGGAGGCCUUGGAGAGACUGGAAAAGGACUAUAGAGGCGGGCAUCGCGAAGAAAGCAUUAGUUCGAUUGAGCGACUCACUUCUGGCGCCCGGGAAGACGACGAUGAGGAUGACGACGAGGCAUGGCGCCAGAUCAUACGCGAUUUGGAAGAUGUCGGCAUCUCUCAGCAGCAAGCUUUGGGCUAUCGCGAUGUCAUUGUAGACUGGCUCGUCGCUGCGGUGAAUGAAGGGAGGCUUCUCGAGGAUCGACCGGAGCAUGAGCCGUACUCCUCAUUGUCCCAAGAUCUCAGGCCGGUACUUCCUGAAAUUAAUGUUGGAGAAUCAUCUAGUGGCCUGGACAUGCCUACAAUCGUCACGCCUAUGGAGAGCAGUUGGUCACCACCAUCACGAACGCCUCCUCCCAUACCCCGCCCACCGAUACCACAGGUCCACAUAGGCUCAACUCUUUCGGUGGCUUCACAAGCGCACUCUGCUGUAUCGUUACCAAACAUGCCACUGGACACUGAUUCAGAUGAUUCUUCGCUGUAUGCAGGGCCACAUCGCUCAGCGGUCACCACCCCCUCUGCUCGAUCCAAUACCUUUCCAAUUCCACGUGUGCCAGUUCCCCGUUCAAGCGGGUUGCUCUCGGCGACGAAUACAGACGGUCCUGACCCAACGCUAUUUACAUCAUCGUCUGGUUCUGGAACACAAACACCCUCUAUUCCUGCUCCUCCACUGGAAAACGACUUGCCCCCAUCAUAUUUCGAGAAAGGCACAUCUAUUACGAUAGAUCUCAACUGGACGGCUCAUCAGGUGGUGGCUGCAUGGGCUCGCCACGACUUUGUCAGUGCAGAAAAGCACCUAGAAGAUCAGUUAGCAGCUGUCGACCGCGGACAGAGGUGUAUAUCUGGUACUCAACCUGAUCGUCGCAUUCUCAAGCAUCUGCUCGGAGUAUGCGCAUCAUUCACAGGAAAGUUUUCAAAGGCAAAGGAGCUCUUUGAAAGUGUCUUUAAUGGGGCUUUUCUCGAUUUCCAGAAUCUAGAUGAUGGCGACAUAGCUGCUGCGCGAUGGCUGGGAGACAUUUGUUUACAUACUCAAGAACACGCAAACGCCAUGCUCGCCUACAGUGUUGCUUACGAAGGAUCCGUGGGCCGCUAUGGAGCGACCAGUGAACGUGCCCGACGAGUGGCGACUGAGAUAAUACUCAUCGAUCACUGGCUGUUCGGGUUCAGGCGCAUCGAGGCCACUCUCAACCUUAACCUUGACCCGACGAGUAUCUUUCCAUCGGCAAAUGUUGUGGAGAAGAACAAGUUGAUGAUGAAUGUCAAGAAGAGUGCGUACGAAUUGGUCAAAUCUACCAGCACCACACCAAUCCCAGUGAUAUGCUUGGGACGACCAACAUUCAAUCUCGAGCCUCGACCGAGAUACGAACUUAGAUUGUCCGAAGGGUUUCUCGUGGGACCCCUGAUAUCCCUCAGCACCUGGCCACUUCCAUGGGAUCCACUUUUCCAUCCUACAGACGCUGUGCAGCUAGACCGCUACAUGAACACUGUGCGGGUUGCAGGUCAUCAGUCUAGAUCUCUCUACGAUCGUCAAUUACCUACCAACUCACUGGGCGACUCCAAAAAGCUGCACUUUCUUACCAAAAGAGGCAGUCGGUGGCUGAUUAGUGCUGUUGAACGAGGCCUCAGCGAGAUGGGGAUUACGUAUGCACACCAUUGCUAUGAACCAGCGAUAGUGUGUUGUCUCAACCAACAACGUGAAGGCGUGGCCUUCUCGGAAGGGGUGGAGAUACGCUUUUGCAAAUUAUCAUUUCGGGACGUAUAUGGGAUCAAGGUGACAGAUGUGAAGUGGGCCACUCGAAGGGUUGCGAAGCCCAGCGUGUACGGUGAGAUACCGCCGAAGUUCCGCAGCGCAGCGGACUUUAGGGAAAUUAUCAAAGGUGUGCUAGACAGAGCAGAGGAAGAAGAGAACAGUCUGCCAAAGCCUGUUCCCAGCAUAGCUCUCGGCGUCUCCAAUGGAUAUCAGCAGGCGCCCCACACAUCACUGUACAAGCCACCCAUGUAUGGCUGA